AUGGAUCCCGCGGUAUCGUCGGACCCCGAAUCUAACAAAAUUCCCCGAACACUGUAUCACAGAAGCUUGUUCGUUACGGGCCACGGCUCCCACAUGCCGGCUGCUGGCUCCCCCCUUCCCGCCCCUCCACAGUCUACCCCACAUUUCCCGACUACAAGCCUCCGGCAGGGCGCCGGCUGUCCAUCCGACUAUUACCUCACUUCGGAUCCGGAAAGUCCAUCACUGCCCAAACAUAUCAAGUGCGAUGUGGCCAAUCAGCGGUUCUGA